GUUGGAAAGGAUGGGAUUAAUGGAUGUGGAUGGAAGAUUCAAAGGAGGCUCUGUUGCCUCUUAUUGUUACUUUUGAGAAGAAGAGUUUAUGAAUGAUUCAAGUGUUGAGUUGUUCAUCGGCGUUUGAUACGUUUCGGAGAUAAGAUGGGGUUUGACCUUAUUGUGACGAAUGGCAUAAUUGUCACAGCCAGCGAUGUUCUCUCCCACGGCAUCGAAAUCGGCAUCAAAGACGGCAAAAUCUCCUGCCUCGGAACCUGUCUUCCCCGCGAGUCCUCCACCGAAAUCAUCGAUGCAAAAGGCGCUUACAUCACACCUGGAGGCGUAGACUCCCACGUCCACUUCGCCCAAGACAAUUCACCGACAGGCGAUAACUGGGAGACUGGCUCUCGAAGCGCCAUUGGGGGUGGGACGACGACGGUCCUCGCAUUCGCCUCUCAGCGCAAGACCGAGGACUCAGUACUACCUUGUGUAGAGGAGUAUCACAAGCGAGCAAAGGAUCAAUCGUACUGUGAUUAUGGAUUUCAUCUCAUUCUUACGAAUCCGACGCCUUCGAUUAUGGAAGCGGAGAUGCCGCUCCUUAUUUCGCAGGGCAUUACUUCGGUAAAGCUCUAUAUGACAUACGAACCUCUCAAACUCGGCGAUUCCCAACUUCUCAAUGUGCUCAUGUCAGCAAGAGCACUAGGAUUCACGACCAUGGUUCAUGCUGAGAAUAGCGAUAUUAUCUCCCUUAUCACCGAUCGUCUCGAAGCAGCUGGUCACACAGACCCAUUUUUCCACGCUAUUUCGCGACCUCAAAUCGCUGAAAAUGAAGCUACAUACCGCAUCAUCUCCCUAGCCGAGUUGACGGAUACGCCUAUCUUGAUCGUUCAUAUGAGUUCUGAGAUAGCGAUGAAACAUGUGAGGAAAGCUCAGACGAGAAUGCUUCCCAUACAUGCGGAGACUUGUCCUCAGUAUCUUUUCCUGUUGAGUGAGAGGUUAAAGGGAACUCAUAAGGAUAAGUUUGAAGGUGCGAAAUGUGUUUGCUCGCCGCCCUUGAGACAUGAUCCGAAGGAUUUGGAGGCAAUGUGGAGGGGUAUAGCGAAUGGAACUUUCACCACGUUUUCGAGCGAUCAUGCGCCGAGUACGUACGAUCAUGCUGGAGGCAAGAAAUUAGGAAUGAAGGACGGGGUCAUGAGGUACAGAAAUAUUCCGAAUGGGGUUCCUGGUGUGGAGACGAGGUUACCAUUGUUGUUUAGUUUUGCGGGGAGAGAGAAGGACAGUAAGUUGAGCUUGCAGAGGUUUGUGCAGCUGACGAGCUCGGAUCCGGCGAAAUUGUAUGGUUUGGAGGGGACGAAAGGCAGUAUUGCACCUGGUUACGAUGCUGACUUGGUAAUCUGGUAUCCUGAGACGGAAAUGAAGGAGGGCGUCGUGAUUGAGCAGAAAAACUUGCAUCAUGGAGUUGAUUACACCCCUUAUGAGGGAAUGACAGUCAAAAAUUGGCCAAGAUUUACGAUUCUGAGAGGGAAAACCGUUUGGGAUCGAGAAAAUGGAGGGAUUAUGGGGAAAAUGAAUGCUGGAAAAUUCUUGCAGAGGGGCAAGGGAAGGAUUGUGGCUGGGAAGACUGGACAGGAGGUAAAUGGGAUGUUGACAGGCGAGAGGAAUUACUGGUACUGAAACUUUGGAGAAGAGGUAGAAUGGAUAUAGAUAGAUAGAGAAGCUAAUUAGUCUCAAGGGUGUAGCGUUAUGGUUGUAUCGAGAAGGAGCGUGUAGCAUAGCUGAGGCUCAUUGAAAAUCCUGCCCAGUAGACAC